AGUUCUCACUAAAGCCCUUGUCGAGAGCAGGAAAGCUCUCGGCAGUUCCUUGUGGCGACUGCUCAUCAAGGAACUGGACUCAGUUGACCGCCUCUAAAUUAAAGAAGCAGAAAUCAAGUCAGCGAGAAGCUUUGCUUUGGACCCUUUCUUGAAGCCUCCCCAUGAACUGCAGGGCAGAGUUUGGACAAACGUACUUGUGCUCUUACGGUGCAUCAUGACAUCAAAGUUUUCACCCUUCUUAAUCAAAGACAUUCUCACCGGCCUGGAUGCUCCCCGAGGAGAUCCCGGCAACACCGCCGCGGAGGAGCUUCGCGCACUUGCGCGCAAUUUACGCACUGGCUUUGAUAACGCCUUACAGGAAAGACUUUCUCCUGACAUGCGCGUGGCUAAAAGCCACCGAUCCGGAGAAGGCGCUGCAGAGCAUGCAUACAUGCAGUGCGUGGAGCGCGAUAAGCGGCAGAGGAACCAGGUGGAUGCAGGAAAGAAGGGCUCCCACCACCACCACCACCACGGCGGGGAGACGUUCAGCUGUUCCACCGAGGGCCGUCGAGGCAAGCCGAUGGCGAAGAGGCGCUCCAGGGCGGCCUUCUCCCACGCGCAGGUCCACGAGCUGGAGCGCCGCUUCAGCGCCCAGAGGUACCUCUCUGGUCCCGAGCGGGCCGACCUGGCAUGCGCCCUGAAGCUCACAGAGACCCAGGUGAAAAUCUGGUUCCAGAACCGGAGAUACAAAACGAAAAGGCGGCAGCUGGCCACCGGGCUGGCGGCGCUGAGCUCCCCAAAGACCGUGGCGGUUAAGGUGCUGGUGAGAAACGAGCAGUGGACGCCGGGAAGCGGGGCACACAUACCCAUGACUGUGCCACUGCACCACGGCUAUCAGCACCACCCGUACCUGCACCAGUUCUACCAGCCCUACGGGACUGAAAGAAGGUCGUGUGGAGGAAUGUUCUAAUCAUUCUUGAAAAGUGUCACAUAAAACACUGUUUGUUUUAGAGAGAGUUUUUCUUUAUUCAUCACGUGGACUUUUGCAGAGAAACUUCGUUUUCAAGGCCCUUCUGACAAUUCAAUGUUAGAGUUGAACUUAUUAAAAACUAAAUAAAAGGGGGGAGGGAGGGUGCUUUGAAAGACUGAAACAAACAGAACAAAUCUGGAAAAAAAAAUUAGAUGGUAUUUUAAAGUUUGACAUUUUCUUUAAAUUUUGAAACCACUGCAGUUGCCUCCAGCGGGAGUUCAGAUAAGGGAAAGAGUGUUUUUAUUUCUGCUGUGGGAGGAGCACUCGGACAAAUUUACUUUACCCCAGAGCUUUUAUUUGAACAAACCCUUACUGAGUUGAUUACAAAACUUUUUUUUGUUUUUGGUCUCUGUGUCAACCUUUGUGAGAAGCAUCAUUAAAAAUAUUAUUUUUUCCCACUAUUUUAUUAUUUUGAUGUAAAGCUUUUAUAAAUCACUUUUUCCUACUUGCUGAAAAAAAGUUGCAAUAAAUGUUGAUUAUAGGUUAGUCACAGCAAAUGUAUGUGAGAUGAGUUACCAGUUGCCUCUGGUUUAAAUCAGUUUCCUCUAGCGUUCAGGUGUCUGUCCAUCCCUGGGCAACACAAAGACAGACCACCAUGCAUAGACAGGGCAAAUGCAGUUCAGAGUGACCGAGCAGGCCUGGAUGUGAAAGAAAGCCAGAGUACCCAGAGAGAACCCACUCACAAGAAGAAGACACAAACUCCACGCAGAAAGCCCCAGGGCUGGAAUUCAAACCCAGGACCUUUUUCCUGCAAGGUAACAGUGCUAACAGCUGUGCUACCAUGCCGCCUACCUCAAAACAUGUCAAAACUCAAAACUAGUGAGUUAUCUUACCUUAUCAUGUAACAGGAUCUGAAGUUGCAUCACGGUUUAUUAUUAUUAUUGUUUUAGUGUUCACACUUCUGCAGCUUUCACGGCCCUCUGUAGACCACCGAGGUUCAAUUCAUCUGAACCUACUGAGAGUAAUGAUCAUACCUUUAGGAAUGAGAAUCUAUUGCAAGUCGUUCACAUUCCUAGUAGCUUGUUUGGCUCAUGGGAGCCAUUAAACGAUCAUUAAAACCCGCAUCAAAGUU